AUGCCGCCACGCCGCGCCACUAGAACGACUGCAAGCAGUGGGCAGUCCAAACUGUCCUUCGGCGCCCAGUCGAGAGUAACGAAGCCUUCCACCACAGCGCCAGGGAAACAAGUCAAGAACACCGUACCAAUAGUCCAGGAGAUCUCCAAGACAUCACCGCCCGACACCGCACUUCCCCAACAAAUCCCCGUUUCGUCAUCGGCAGCGUCUUCGGAGCCUCACGUUGCGGAGGUAGCCAUUCGCGAACAAGCAAAGGACGAACUCAGCCAACCCGCAAGCAAGGAGGACCGGAAAGCAUUGGAGAUCAGUGAGGCACAGAUUACACAGUACUGGAAUAACGAAGAGCAUAAUAGGAUUGCGCAAAGAGUGCACCAAAAGGAUCUUGAUAUCGACGAAAAGGUUUUACGUCACUUUGACCUGUCGAGUCAGUAUGGACCUUGUAUCGGGAUUUCAAGAAUCAAGCGCUGGCGCCGAGCACAUCUACUCGAGCUUGAUCCACCGAUUGAGGUUCUAGCUAUUCUUUUGAAAAAGCGCGGAGCUCCUGUCAGUGAACGCGCAUACAUGGAUGAACUCCUUUCGUGA